CAAAAUAAUAAUAAAUUGCAAUCAGUCGUGAAUGUAGGCUUUCAAUAACAAACACUACAAUUUAUCCACUCAUCACGCCGCCGUCUGUGCAUAAGGAACUAAGGUCGAGCCAAAUUGAAGUUGAAAAAUACUGACUGAGUAAGCCAGGACAGGAGGUCAGGCCCAGGACAGGCCCAGGACAGGAGUUGAGGACCAGGCACAGGACAGGUCAGCUCUCUGAUUGCUAACACCUCAACUCAACCUAAUUUAAAGUAUGGGGAAGAAGAGGAGGCAUGGGCAUGGGGGAGUCAGGUCAUCUGGAAAAGGGGACUCCAUGGGUCCGCCUGGUGAUGAGCACUGCUAUGGUGACAGUAGAAAACCUGUCCAGGCAGGGCCUGUGCCUGGUAAGGUGGUGCUGCUCAAAAGAGGCCUGGCCACGUCUGGCGAUGGCAAAACCACCACUACCCCUGCCCCUAAAACCCCCAACAAAAAACUCACACCGAAGAAGAAGGUGGAGUGGAUUCCGUACACGUCGUCCCCCGCCUCUGACGCAGACCUAGACUCAGUGUGGCUUAUUAAGGCCCGUAUGAAAGCCACCCUUCCCAAGGAGCCAAGCCCUGAGCCCCCCACAGACCGCCUGAAGCACCUCAGCUUACUGGAGCCCCUCCUUCCCUUGGACAUCGAGAGCUCGGGGGCCGGGGAGGGUUCUUACCUGCAGGGGCUCCGAAGGCCGAGCUGGACCGAGAGCAGAGCGGUGACAGGCAGCUGUGGCCAAGCGGCACACUGGGAGUCUGGGUGGUCCUCCUAUUCAGUUGGCCAAGGAGAGGACGCGGAGGGCCGCUCGGAGAGCCCUGACAGGGGGAGCACCUGCUACUACAGCUGUGCCCCGGCCUCCAGCGAGGACAUGAUGCCCUUCCGGCGCAAGAAGGCCGCCAGCCGCUGGCCCAGUGUGUCCUGGGCGGAUGAUGACUACUGGGCCAGCUGGGAUGGCUGGGACGAGGUCAUCGACUGGGACGACGACAGCGGGCCCUCGAGGAGGAGGGGGGGCAGAUGCCGCCAACAGGCCAAGAGGAAUGCCCAGCGCUGGGGCAACAAGGGGGGCCAGCGGUGAAGAAGGCAGCAGUCAACGGUGGUCAUAGGAUGACCAAUGGGUUGGACAUCUGAUUUAAAUUACAUGUCUUAUUUUGCUACUAAGUAAUAAAGAGAGCUAUUUUUAAGCGAAAGGAAAUUGA